AACAGAUGCCCACGUGGCAAACCACGCAGCAGGUGACCAAUCACAGGGUCCGUCCCAAGAACCAAUAAUCCUUCGCCACGUAUAUUCAUGACAGGACAUUCUCGUCAUUCAAUAAACACUUCUACCCGUUAUCGUCAUUUUAAUUGGAGAGCAGUGUUGUUGUUUUCCGCAUGACCCCCCCCCCCUCCUUUUGCAUUUCUCCAAAGUCUUCUCUUCCUCAGUCUACUCAGGCAAACCAUCUGAAUCGAAACGUGAAUUGGCCGUCAAUGGCGGCCCCAGAGACCUCGACGGCGAUAGCAGCAACGCCAACAACGAACGGUACCACCUUGCGUCACGCUUUUGGCAACGUUCUCUCCUUCUUCAUCCUCCUUCUGAUUGGAGUUCUUGCUUUCUCGAUCCGCCUUUUCUCUGUUAUAAAGUACGAGAGUAUUAUUCAUGAGUUCGAUCCUUACUUCAACUACAGAGUCACUCAGUUUCUAUCGAAGAAUGGGAUAUAUGAAUUUUGGAACUGGUUUGACGAUCGGACCUGGUACCCUCUUGGUCGUGUGAUUGGUGGAACAGUAUACCCUGGGUUGACCUUGACAGCGGGCACCAUUUGGUGGUUAUUGAAUUCUCUGAAUAUUCCUCUGUCUGUGGAGACUGUUUGCGUGUUCACUGCACCUAUAUUCUCUGCAUUUGCUUCAUGGGCAACUUAUCUUCUAACCAAGGAAGUUAAGGGUCCUGGUGCUGGACUGACAGCUGCUGCCCUUCUGGCCAUGGUUCCAUCAUAUAUAUCUCGAUCUGUGGCUGGUAGCUAUGACAAUGAAGCCGUAGCAAUAUUUGCUUUGAUCUUCACCUUUUAUCUCUACAUUAAGACGCUGAAUACAGGAUCACUCUUCUAUGCCACCUUGAAUGCGCUGGCAUACUUCUAUAUGGUUUGCUCUUGGGGAGGAUACACCUUCAUUAUUAAUCUAAUUCCUAUGCAUGUGCUUCUCUGUAUUGUAACUGGUCGUUAUUCUCCUCGGUUGUACAUCGCCUAUGCACCUCUUGUUGUCUUGGGAACAGUCUUAGCUGCAUUGGUGCCUGUGGUAGGAUUUAAUGCUGUCAUGACAUCAGAACAUUUUGCAUCAUUUUUGGUAUUUAUUGUUAUCCAUGUGGUUGCUUUUGUGUACUAUAUCAAAGGGAUUCUCUCUCCAAAAAUGUUCAAAAUGGCUGUAACACUUGUUGUAUCUGUUGGGCUUGUGGUGUGUUGUGCCGUGAUAGCUGUUCUCGUAGCAUUGGUAGCUUCCAGUCCAACUAAGGGAUGGAGUGGACGGAGUUUGAGUCUCCUUGAUCCAACUUAUGCUAGCAAAUAUAUACCAAUUAUUGCUAGUGUUAGUGAACAUCAACCACCUACAUGGCCAUCGUACUUUAUGGACAUUAAUGUUUUGGCAUUCUUGGUUCCAGCUGGUAUCAUUGCAUGCUUCUCACCUUUAUCUGAUGCAAGCUCCUUUGUGGUUCUGUACAUUGUCACAUCUGUAUAUUUCUCUGGAGUCAUGGUGCGCUUGAUGCUUGUACUUGCUCCAGCAGCAUGUAUCUUGUCUGGGAUUGCUCUCUCUCAGGCUUUUGAUGUUUUCACCCGAUCAAUCAAAUUUCAGCUGCCUAGUCUGACAAUGAAUUCUGAAGUUGAUGAGCAGGGUAGUAAUCCUGUUACUGUUGAGGGACAAACUGAAGUAACAAAGACUGAUAAAAGUGGGGUGACAUUGAAGGAGCGGCCUUCAAGAAAGAACAAGAAGAAGGAAAAAGAGCAGCUGGAAAAGCCUUCUGUUAAGUCCAAAGCUGAAAAGAAGAGGCUUCUGGUUUUACCUCUUGAAGCAUCUGUGAUUGCUCUUCUACUACUUGUGUUGCUUGGUGGCUUCUAUGUGGUUCAUUGUGUUUGGGCAGCAGCAGAAGCGUACUCAGCUCCUUCAAUUGUUUUAACAUCUCACUCACAUGAUGGUCUACACGUUUUCGAUGAUUUUAGGGAAGCUUAUGCAUGGUUAAGCCACAACACUGAUGUAGAUGAUAAGGUUGCAUCAUGGUGGGACUAUGGAUAUCAAACCACUGCCAUGGCUAAUCGUACAGUCAUAGUUGACAAUAAUACCUGGAAUAAUACCCACAUUGCUACUGUUGGUACUGCCAUGUCAUCUCCUGAAAAGGCAGCUUGGGAAAUUUUCAACUCAUUGGAUGUUAAAUAUGUUCUUGUUGUAUUUGGAGGUCUUGUUGGCUACCCCAGUGAUGAUAUUAAUAAAUUCCUGUGGAUGGUCCGCAUAGGAGGGGGGGUGUUCCCUCAUAUCAAGGAACCUGAUUACCUCAGAGAUGGUCAGUAUCGGAUUGACUCUCAGGCUACUCCAACCAUGCUGAAUUGUCUCAUGUACAAACUCUCAUAUUACAGGUUUGUUGAAACUGACGGGAAAGCCUUUGAUAGAGUUAGGCGAACAGAAAUUGGCAAGAAAUAUUUCAAACUUAGUCAUUUUGAGGAGGUAUUCACAACUCACCAUUGGAUGGUUCGGAUAUACAAACUGAAACCUCAGAAGAACAGGAUUCGGGGAAAGAUGAAGAAAUCAAAAUCUAAAUCCAAGUCAACAAGUAGCUCAAAAAGAAGUGGGACACUAAAGAAGAAUCCUUGGCAAUGAAAAACACCACAAUGGGUAAGUUUAUAACUCAUACGAGUAUAUGCUAGAACCUAUAGAGGGCCAUGACUUGGAAUCUUGGACAUGGUAGGUGAUUUUGCGUUAGAGAAAUGCAUAUUUUAUAAUUGAUACAAAGGAUUUGGCAGGUGUCAAUCAUCUUUGUAAUACUUAAUACAGCUUCUAGGAAACAAGUACCAAUUUUGGCGUUUUAGUCCUUACGGAACCUAUAUAGCUUUCUUUACUUUUUAGGAUGAUUGUCAGGGCGUAGAAUGCUUUUGUUUCUUUUUUCCUUUUUUUUUUUGGUAUACCCUGUUUGGUUUCCGAACUUAUUUCGCACUCAAAGAGUCCUUCCAUAAUCUGAUGCUAUACACUUGAACAAACAAAUGAUGAAAUAUACAGAAUGGCUUCGG